GCCCACCGCAAAGCAUUCAUUAUGGUGCACAGUCAGGUCGAGGAUGACUCGAUGAGUAUCCCCCUCCUACCCUCCCUGUUGGGCACCGUGUCAACAAUUGAACAACCCACUCCUAGAGCCCUAAAUCCAACAUGGACCCCCCAAUCGAAGGCUUCGCGGCGGUGGCCGAAUGGAUCGCUCGGGAUCAUGACAAUGAGGCGUUCAUCUUUCGAAAGUUCGACAGGCUCGCCGCCCGGAACCUACUACAUUUACAAGGGCGGAUAAUGCUCCUUGAGAAAGAACUGGAUGCGCUGGACAGGGAGGCGGCUAAAAGCAACGAUAUGUUGCUGAAAGACGCUGCAAGAUCGUGGGAAGACCUGGUCCAACACGCCUCAGAAGGCCAGGUCUACGCUCAGAGCUACAUGAAGCUGGUUGAUGAGAUAAAACAGGCUUUGAGAGAAUAUGAUGAAACGCUUGUCCUCCAACACCAAGUGUCGAACCUGCCAAAACCCAGCCGAAGAACGCUUGACCCCUUCAGAUGCUGGUUGAACGAACCCCAUCCCAGGCUCGGAGGACAGUCCAAUUAUUUCCUCGACGCCGAAGAUGGUCUCGUCGCUCUCACGCCGCAGAAGGACUUUGACCCGGCCUCGGAAUUCUUAAGACAGUUUUGGCAAGCUAAAACUAAAGAGCCCACGCCAGAUGGGAAAUUCCACAUUGCGCGGUUCGACGAGAGGUCCAUCUCGGCCGCGACCAAGGUGAUCACGAUCUUGGUUGCCACGAACCUGCUCGUUGGCCCAAUAUAUGGUCUGUACUUUACAAGCACGCCGCUGCAGAGGCUCGCCUUGAUCCAAGUCUUUACCACCAUCUUCGCACUCUGCGCGGGCUUCAUGAGCAACGCGCGGCAAACCGAAGUCUUUGCCGUGACGGCUGCAUAUGCCGCGGUGUUGGUGGUGUUUGUGGGCAGUGCAGACUUUUCAGGCAAGGCCGGGAAUGGGCAACCUUGAGUGCUCGAUAGGAACAUCCAGGGGGUGUCCGUAUUCCAUAUAUCUAUAUAUCGUAAUCCUUUCCUACCUUAUGUAGCCCUUCACUCUCAUUCCAAUUACGGGCAGGAUGCUGUCCCACUCGUACG